GGCCUGUGCGGUGGGAUUUCCCGGCCGGUGUUUCGGGCCCUUUAAGAGGCGACGCCGGAGCCGGAGCCAUUUUCCCCCCUUCGGCCGCGGCGAGGAGGAGCCGAAGCGGGAGUGACACCGGGCCGGACCCUGCGCGACCUGCGGCAGCUCCGGGUGACUCGGGCCAGUGUAGAGGGCCCCAGGCCGCAGGCAGGAGCAGCUGGGCCAAUUCCCUGGCCGUGAGCGGAGCGGAAGGGGAUGGCGUCGGGCCUGGGCUCCCCGUCCCCCUGCUCUGCUGGCAGCGAGGAGGAGGAUAUGGAUGCACUUUUGAACAACAGCCUGCCCCCACCCCACCCAGAAAACGAAGAGGACCCAGAAGAAGAUUUGUCAGAAGCAGAGACUCCAAAGCUCAAGAAGAAGAAAAAGCCUAAGAAACCUCGGGACCCUAAAAUCCCUAAGAGCAAGCGCCAAAAAAAAGAGCGUAUGCUCUUAUGCCGGCAGCUGGGGGACAGCUCUGGGGAGGGGCCGGAGUUUGUGGAGGAGGAGGAAGAGGUGGCUCUGCGCUCAGACAGUGAGGGCAGCGACUAUACCCCUGGCAAGAAGAAGAAGAAGAAGCUCGGACCUAAGAAAGAAAAGAAGAGCAAGUCCAAGCGGAAGGAGGAGGAGGAAGAGGACGACGAUGAUGAUGAUUCAAAGGAGCCUAAAUCAUCUGCUCAGCUCCUGGAAGACUGGGGCAUGGAAGACAUUGACCAUGUGUUCUCAGAGGAGGAUUAUCGCACCCUCACCAAUUACAAGGCCUUCAGCCAGUUUGUCCGACCCCUCAUUGCUGCCAAAAACCCCAAGAUUGCUGUCUCCAAGAUGAUGAUGGUUUUGGGUGCGAAGUGGAGGGAGUUCAGCACCAACAAUCCCUUCAAAGGCAGUUCUGGAGCUUCAGUGGCAGCAGCAGCAGCAGCAGCAGUGGCCGUGGUGGAGAGCAUGGUGACAGCCACUGAAGUUGCACCACCUCCUCCCCCUGUGGAGGUGCCUAUCCGCAAGGCCAAGACCAAGGAGGGCAAAGGUCCCAAUGCUCGGAGGAAGCCCAAGGGUAGUCCUCGUGUACCUGAUGCCAAGAAGCCUAAACCCAAGAAAGUGGCUCCCCUGAAAAUCAAGCUGGGGGGUUUCGGUUCUAAGCGUAAGAGAUCUUCGAGUGAGGAUGACGACUUAGAUGUGGAGUCUGACUUCGAUGAUGCCAGUAUCAACAGCUAUUCCGUUUCGGAUGGUUCUACCAGCCGUAGUAGCCGCAGCCGCAAGAAGCUCCGAACCACUAAAAAGAAGAAGAAAGGCGAGGAGGAGGUGACUGCUGUGGAUGGUUAUGAGACAGACCACCAGGACUAUUGCGAGGUGUGCCAGCAAGGCGGUGAGAUCAUCCUGUGUGAUACCUGUCCCCGAGCUUACCACAUGGUCUGCCUGGAUCCGGAUAUGGAGAAGGCUCCUGAGGGCAAGUGGAGCUGUCCACACUGCGAGAAGGAAGGCAUCCAGUGGGAGGCUAAAGACGACAAUUCGGAGGGUGAGGAGAUCCUGGAAGAGGUUGGGGGAGACCCUGAAGAGGAGGAUGACCACCAUAUGGAAUUUUGUCGGGUGUGCAAGGAUGGUGGGGAGCUGCUCUGCUGUGACACCUGUCCUUCUUCCUACCAUAUCCACUGCCUAAACCCCCCACUUCCAGAGAUUCCCAAUGGCGAGUGGCUCUGUCCCCGUUGUACGUGUCCAGCUCUUAAGGGCAAAGUCCAGAAGAUCCUAAUCUGGAAGUGGGGUCAGCCACCAUCUCCCACACCAGUGCCUCGGCCUCCAGAUGCUGAUCCCAAUACUCCCUCCCCCAAGCCCUUGGAGGGGCGGCCAGAGCGGCAGUUCUUUGUGAAAUGGCAAGGCAUGUCUUACUGGCACUGCUCCUGGGUGUCUGAACUGCAGUUGGAGCUACACUGUCAAGUGAUGUUCCGAAAUUAUCAGCGGAAGAAUGAUAUGGAUGAGCCACCUUCAGGGGACUUUGGUGGUGAUGAAGAGAAGAGCCGAAAGAGAAAGAACAAGGACCCUAAAUUUGCAGAGAUGGAGGAACGUUUCUAUCGCUAUGGGAUAAAACCUGAGUGGAUGAUGAUCCACCGAAUUCUCAACCACAGCGUGGACAAGAAGGGCCAUGUCCACUACUUGAUCAAGUGGAGGGACUUGCCGUAUGAUCAGGCAUCCUGGGAGAGUGAGGACGUGGAGAUACAGGACUAUGACCUUUUUAAGCAGAGCUAUUGGAAUCACAGGGAAUUAAUGAGGGGUGAGGAAGGACGACCAGGCAAGAAGCUCAAGAAGGUGAAGCUGAGGAAGUUGGAGAGGCCUCCUGAAACUCCAACAGUUGAUCCGACAGUGAAGUACGAGCGACAGCCAGAGUACCUGGAUGCCACAGGCGGAACCCUGCACCCCUAUCAAAUGGAGGGCUUGAAUUGGUUGCGCUUCUCCUGGGCUCAGGGCACGGACACCAUCUUGGCUGAUGAGAUGGGUCUUGGGAAGACUGUCCAGACAGCAGUCUUCCUCUAUUCCCUCUACAAGGAGGGUCAUUCCAAAGGCCCCUUCCUAGUGAGUGCCCCUCUCUCUACCAUCAUCAACUGGGAGCGGGAGUUUGAAAUGUGGGCUCCAGAUAUGUAUGUGGUGACUUACGUGGGUGACAAAGACAGCCGGGCCAUCAUCCGAGAGAAUGAGUUCUCCUUUGAAGACAACGCCAUUCGUGGUGGCAAGAAGGCCUCUCGCAUGAAGAAAGAGGCAUCUGUGAAGUUCCACGUGCUGCUGACAUCCUAUGAGUUGAUCACUAUUGACAUGGCCAUCUUGGGUUCUAUCGACUGGGCCUGCCUCAUCGUGGAUGAAGCCCAUCGGCUCAAGAACAAUCAGUCUAAGUUCUUCCGGGUCUUAAAUGGUUACUCACUCCAGCACAAGCUGUUACUGACUGGGACUCCGUUACAGAACAAUCUAGAAGAGCUGUUUCAUCUGCUCAACUUUCUCACCCCUGAGAGGUUCCACAACUUGGAAGGCUUCUUGGAGGAGUUUGCUGACAUUGCCAAGGAGGACCAGAUUAAAAAGCUGCAUGACAUGCUGGGGCCUCACAUGCUGCGGCGGCUCAAGGCUGAUGUGUUCAAGAACAUGCCAUCCAAGACAGAGCUGAUUGUACGCGUGGAGCUGAGCCCUAUGCAGAAGAAAUACUACAAGUAUAUCCUUACUCGAAAUUUUGAAGCACUCAAUGCUCGAGGUGGUGGCAACCAGGUCUCUCUGCUGAAUGUGGUGAUGGAUCUUAAGAAGUGCUGCAACCACCCAUAUCUCUUCCCUGUGGCUGCAAUGGAAGCGCCUAAGAUGCCUAAUGGCAUGUAUGAUGGCAGUGCUCUAAUUAGAGCAUCUGGGAAACUAUUGCUGCUGCAGAAGAUGCUCAAAAACCUUAAGGAGGGGGGGCACCGUGUACUCAUCUUCUCCCAGAUGACCAAGAUGCUGGACCUGCUAGAGGAUUUCUUGGAACAUGAAGGUUAUAAAUAUGAACGUAUUGAUGGUGGAAUCACUGGGAACAUGCGUCAGGAGGCCAUUGACCGCUUCAAUGCACCGGGUGCUCAACAGUUCUGCUUCUUGCUUUCCACUCGAGCUGGAGGUCUUGGAAUCAAUCUGGCCACUGCUGACACAGUUAUUAUCUAUGACUCUGACUGGAACCCCCAUAAUGACAUCCAGGCCUUUAGUAGAGCUCACCGUAUUGGGCAAAAUAAGAAGGUGAUGAUUUAUCGGUUUGUGACCCGUGCGUCGGUGGAGGAGCGUAUCACACAGGUGGCAAAGAAGAAGAUGAUGCUGACGCAUCUAGUGGUUCGGCCUGGGCUGGGCUCCAAAACUGGGUCUAUGUCCAAACAAGAGCUUGAUGACAUCCUCAAGUUUGGCACCGAGGAACUAUUCAAGGAUGAAGCCACAGAUGGAGGAGGAGACAACAAAGAGGGAGAGGACAGCAGUGUUAUCCACUAUGACGAUAAGGCCAUUGAACGACUGCUGGACCGCAACCAGGAUGAGACUGAAGACACAGAACUGCAGGGCAUGAAUGAAUAUUUGAGCUCAUUUAAAGUGGCCCAGUAUGUGGUACGGGAAGAAGAAAUGGGGGAAGAGGAGGUAGAACGGGAAAUCAUAAAACAGGAAGAAAGUGUGGAUCCUGACUACUGGGAGAAAUUGCUGCGGCACCAUUAUGAGCAGCAGCAAGAAGAUCUGGCCCGAAAUCUGGGCAAAGGAAAAAGAAUCCGUAAACAGGUCAACUACAAUGAUGGCUCCCAGGAGGACCGAGAUUGGCAGGACGACCAGUCCGACAACCAGUCCGAUUAUUCAGUGGCCUCAGAGGAAGGUGAUGAAGACUUUGAUGAACGUUCAGAAGCUCCCCGCAGGCCCAGUCGCAAGGGCCUGCGGAAUGAUAAAGAUAAACCAUUGCCUCCUCUGUUGGCCCGUGUUGGUGGGAACAUUGAAGUACUUGGCUUUAAUGCUCGGCAGCGAAAAGCCUUUCUUAAUGCAAUUAUGCGAUAUGGGAUGCCACCUCAGGAUGCUUUUACCACCCAGUGGCUUGUGAGAGAUCUGCGAGGCAAAUCAGAGAAAGAGUUCAAGGCUUACGUCUCUCUUUUUAUGCGGCAUUUAUGUGAGCCGGGAGCAGAUGGAGCUGAGACCUUUGCUGACGGUGUACCCCGAGAAGGCCUGUCUCGUCAGCAUGUCCUUACUAGGAUUGGCGUCAUGUCCUUGAUUCGCAAGAAGGUUCAGGAGUUUGAACAUGUUAAUGGGCGCUGGAGUAUGCCUGAACUCGCUGAAGUAGAAGAAAACAAGAAAAUGUCCCAGCCAGGGUCACCUUCCCCAAAGACUCCUACACCUUCCACUCCAGGGGACACACAGCCCAAUACUCCUGCACCUGCCCCACCUGCUGAGGAUGGAAUAAAAAUAGAGGAAAAUAGCCUCAAAGAAGAAGAGAAUGCAGAAGGAGAAAAGGAGGUUAAACCUGCAGCCCCUGAGGCCACCGUUGAGUGUACACAACCCCCUGCCCCUGCCUCAGAGGAUGAAAAGAUCCUUGUUGAACCUCCUGAGGGAGAGGAGAAAGUGGAAAAGGCAGAGGUGAAGGAGAAAACAGAGGAACCUAUGGAGACAGAGCCCAAAGUUGUUGCCGACGUGGAGAAGGUGGAGGAGAAGUCAGCAAUAGAUCUGACCCCCAUUGUGGUGGAGGACAAAGAAGAGAAGAAAGAAGAAGAAGAGAAAAAAGAGGUGAUGCUUCAGAAUGGAGAGACCCCCAAGGACCUGAAUGAUGAGAAGCAGAAGAAAAAUAUUAAACAGCGUUUCAUGUUCAACAUUGCAGAUGGUGGUUUUACUGAGUUGCACUCCCUUUGGCAGAAUGAGGAGCGGGCAGCCACAGUUACCAAGAAGACUUACGAGAUCUGGCAUCGACGGCAUGACUACUGGCUGCUGGCUGGCAUCAUAAACCAUGGCUAUGCCCGGUGGCAGGACAUCCAGAAUGACCCACGCUAUGCCAUCCUCAAUGAGCCUUUCAAGGGUGAAAUGAACCGUGGCAAUUUCUUAGAGAUCAAGAAUAAGUUUCUAGCCCGAAGGUUCAAGCUCCUAGAACAAGCCUUGGUGAUUGAGGAACAGCUGCGCCGUGCAGCUUAUCUGAACAUGUCAGAGGACCCCUCUCACCCUUCCAUGGCCCUAAACACCCGCUUUGCUGAGGUGGAGUGUUUAGCGGAGAGUCAUCAGCACCUGUCCAAGGAGUCAAUGGCAGGAAACAAACCUGCCAAUGCGGUCCUGCACAAAGGUAUUCUGAAACAGCUAGAAGAACUGCUGAGUGACAUGAAAGCAGAUGUUACUCGACUCCCAGCUACUAUUGCUCGCAUUCCCCCAGUUGCUGUGAGGCUACAGAUGUCAGAGCGUAAUAUUCUCAGCCGCCUGGCAAACCGAGCACCUGACCCUACUCCACAGCAGGUAGCCCAGCAGCAGUGAAGAUCCAGACUGAUGAUAAACACCUCCACCGCUGAGCAGUGACCUUCCUCACUUUCCCUUGCCCAGCUUCUCCCCUGGCGGCCUGAGAGACCCUCUCCUUCCUUCUGCCCAUCUUCCAUGUUGUAAAGGGACAGCCCCCACUGUACUGGGGGAGGGAAGGGAGUGAGGGGCAGUGGUGCCCUUCCUGCUGGAGAGACAGUGCAGCAGUAGCGCCGGCGCCAUCUGCAGGGAGCUGGCGGGCUGGCCGCCUUCUGGGCCCUGGCUUUCCCCACUGUAACAUCUGUUACACACAAACUGUUGUGGGUUUCUGCCAGGCUUGAAGAAAACGAUCUGAAUUUCUUCUUCCUUUUUGUUUUAUUUUGUUGGUUUAUUUUGUGUUUUCUUUUCUCCUUUUUUGGGGUAUUCAGAGUGGGCCGGGCCCCUGGGCGAGACACAGCUACCUCUGUUGGCAUCUUUUUAAUACCAGGAACCCAGCGGCUCCAGCCACGGCUAGAAUGAAAUAAAAUGGGGGAAAAAAAGAAAAAAAAAAAAAAAAGACAAGAACCAAAAUCAUAAAGCCACAGCAAAUUUCUUGAUGAAAAUUGAAAAUAAAAGUUUCCUUGUA